AGACUCACUUAGUGUUCUUGCUUGAAGCAAAGUGUGCUGUUAUAUGGAGUGUGUCAGUAUUUUAUAUAUCGCUUGACUUUUCAUUGGUUUGGUUAUGGCUAUGGCAUGCUACAAAUGGAUGUAUUCAGUGGUUUGAUUCGACAAUUCAAUGCAAAAGUUCUUCGCAAUAUUUAAGAAAAACUGAUCGUGAUCAUAAUGAAUGGUACCGAACAAAAUGAGAAAAAUCGGCGGAUGCGACCAGAAGAAAUUUUGGAAAUGUUCCGUGAGGUGGUUCAGCAACAUGCAUCCAAAUCAUACAACUUUCCAAUAUCGAAUCUGCUGGAGCAGUACAUCCAUAGUCGAACGGUGCCAAAUUUCCCGGAAGCAGCAAUACUUAUCGAUUCGGCCGGUCAAGUGUAUUCGCGCAAAGUGGACUACUUGGAAGCCUUACUGAUGGCUAUGCAUGACAAACAGAAUGCACCGGAUCGUAACGAGAAAGCGGAUAAUCCAGACCAAGUGGAUAAUCCGACGACGGAGAAGAAACGACUACCUGGCAAACGGCUGAAAAAUGUAGAUCAUUCGUCGACUACCAUUCAAUUGGCGCCUCCAAAGCACAUCAAGAAAAGCAGUAGUACGGUGGAAAAAAUUAAUUUAAAUUUGUCCGAUACCAGUGAUGCAGAUAAAUUUAAAAAUUACUGCCAAGCGGUCAAAAGCAAAAUCCCAGUAUUUUAUGAACGAGUCAAUUUGUUGAUAUCGGAUAAAACCGAUACCUAUUUCGAUGGGGCACGAGCAAUCAGCAAAGAUGAUCCGGAUUGUCAAAAGAAUUACAACGUUUUCGUUGGAUGCAUAUCAUUUAAGGAAAAGCAAAUGAUGUCGCAAAGAGAGUUUCUGAAUCGAAUACAAUUCGACAAUUUAGACGGCGGUUCCGAUCAGACGAACGCAAAUGCUCCGGCAGCGCCGGAAGACUACGUUCACAAUACAGAUGGACUUUCCGAGCAACCUUCAUGUGUCGCAGGCGGCGCAGGAAGUAAUAAUGACGAGGACUUGCUGGAGAGAUUAAGAGAAACGAGUUUGCUGCUGAAUAGUACGACUGCUCAUAAUGAUGAAUGUGAUAGUGCAAUGGUUGACGACGACGCGUCCCAGUUGUCCCAGCUGAAUUCGACAGCUGGUGAGUCAACACUUAAUAACACACUUCCAUUGAAUUCAACAGAACAAAGUAGUUUGAUGGAAUCGUCAAUUGCCUUAGAUAGUACGAUUAAUGAAUCAGAAGUAGUCAAUUCAACGGUUAACAAUAGCCAAAGUACUGACAUUCACUCACAAUCGGAUAUAUCAACUAUAAAUAACGAUACCGUUGUGGAAACUACGGUGAACAGUACGUUAAAUGGUACCGAAGCAUUAGACUCCACACAGGAAACGUCAAAAGUCGACGAAACGAGCCAGACUAAUGGAACUUCCAAUGACGACACGCUAAUGAAUUCGACGUCGUUCAAUAUUGACGAAACAAACCAGACUAAUGGAACUUCCAAUGCUGACACACUUAUGAAUUCGACGUGCGCCGAUGAAAAAUCCACAUCUGACUCGCAGCUAGAUGCUAAUGGUACAACAAGCGGUACGAUCAACGAAACGCUCGAGACAAUUCAAAAUGAUUCAGCUUGCAAUAACGUCAAUGGUCUAGUCGACAGUAGCAAUAUAUUUCGGAUUAAAGACGAAUAUUUGAAGUUGGACGAAGUAUUUCGGUUGCCUUUGAGUGUGUUGCAGCAAGAGGUUAACAUAAAACUGAAUAUAUUCGGGAUACCGUUCGGUAGAUUACGGCGACAGGUGAAAUUUGCACUACCAAAAGAUUUUGACUCUCUACGUACAGGGAUUAAGCGAACGCGAGAUUUUGACGAGUGUUCAACAACAACGACCAGAAAGUUUGUCAAAUUAAACGAUGGCACGGCGACGCCGAGUAUAGAGGCUUCAUCGAUGCUACCCCCUACAGUCUGUGAUCAAUUACCGGAUUCUUCAAUUGUACCUGCUCCUGACACAAACACUGCCGAGACUCCACCCGAAGACAGUUCUCAACCUAUUGAUGGGACUGGCUUGGAAAAUGGCAUAUCAGCAGAAUGUAGUGCUGGAGAAAAUGCACCGAAUUGUGACGAACUAUCAACUACACAAACUACUCUAGAAAAUCCUUCGCAACUAGUCGAUGGUGUGACUCAAUCACAAGAUGUUGCAGCAGAAGACUUAGGUGUUUCGGAUUGCUUUCCAAAUGACGAUGGGCCGUCGUUACCGAAAAUUCCUCGAAUGAGCCCAACACCUGCACUCAGUAUAUUCGAUUCGGGAAUUGGUACGGGUACCGAAGGAUCGCAAUACGACGAUGAUGCCGAUGGUACGAUCACUAAGCGACGUAUGACGUUAGAUCUAACACCGCCGAGCGAACAAAUCGAAUAUGAAAUGUCUGCCGAAGCGGACGAACAGUCAGCAAAUCGCAUUCAGGAAAUGACAAAUUUGUCGGAGAAGGUUCAUAGUUGGCAUCAACGGCUGAAGCCAAUUUUAUUACAUUCCGAGAGGCGUAAUGAUUUUGACGUUAAAGAGACUAGUCGCAAUAUUGUUGCAUGCUUUAAAAAUGGUGAUAGUUCGUUGGAAACGAAAGCUCAAAGCGAUCGUCUUAUUUCGUUCGAAAGUAUUAUGGAACGACGGGAUAAGGCAGACACGGCCAGAUAUUUUUUCUCCAUGCUGCAGAUGGCGAAUAAUAGGAACAUUCAGCUAAUAGUUAAUCAUAACGACAGUGCUAAGCUGUGUCCACAAAACAAAAUUAUGCUGAAACUGUUGAAUCCCAAUAUACGGGAAAUUGAUCCGAGUAUUGAGAAAAAUUGAGAAGUGAUGAGUAGGCAGUCGCUUGGUGGAUGUCUAUUUUAUGUGAAUUAGUGUUGACGUAAGUACAAAUCGAUAAUUUUGUACAAAAGUGAAGAAAAACAAAUCAAAUGAAAACGGAGAGGAGAAAGAGAAAACUUUAUAAUUAAAUGAAAAUGUUGGUUGAGUUUACGUCUUGUGAGUAUUUUAUUGGAAUGCAAAUGUUUGGUCAACCCAUAAGAGACUCUUGUACUUGUAUUGAACUUAAAUCGAAAUUUACUUCACUUAUUUCUAUUCCAUUGCUUCUUAAUUGAAGCAAAAAUAUUUUGCUUUUUGAACCCAAUUU